AUGAUGGAUAAUGCAACACAUCAUCAAGCUAUUCAAUUAAAUACAAACAAUGCACAAAAUACAACUAACAUUCAACAACAGCAACAUCAAGAAAGUAAAUUGUCAAGUGUACCCGAUCAUUUUCUUACUAUUCGAUUACUCAUGCAAGGAAAAGAAGUCGGUAGCAUCAUCGGGAAACGUGGUGACAAUAUAAAAGCAAUUCGAGAAGAAAGUGGUGCUCGUAUUAAUAUUAGUGAUGGAACAACACCAGAACGUAUUGUUACCAUGGUUGGUACUAUAGAAACAUUAUCAAAAGCAUUUGGAAUGAUUUGUCAAAAAUUUGAAGAUGAUUUAAAGCAAACAUGUACAAUGAUUCCUCCCAUUACAUUGCGACUUGUUGUACCUGCAAGUCAAUGUGGUUCAAUUAUUGGUAAAGGUGGUGCAAAAAUAAAAGAAAUACGAGAAACAACAGGAGCAUCUGUACAAGUUGCAUCUGAAAUGUUACCGUCAUCAACAGAACGCGCCGUAACUAUAUCUGGAAAGCUUGAUUCGAUCGAAUCAUGUUUCCGACAGAUAUGCCAGAUUAUGCUUGAACAGUCGCCACCCAAAGGUGAAACAAUCCCAUACCGACCUAAAAUGAUGAUAUCACCCAUGCAUGCACCGAUCAUUUUUGCUAAUGGACAAGCUUAUCAAGUCCAAGGACAGUUUGCAAUUCCCUUUCCACCUAAUGAACUAAAUGCAUUCGGUCCAUUGACUUCGCUUACACCGGGGAUGCCUGUGCCAGCUGCAACAUCUUUAAUACCAAGUGGUCUUCAACCAAAUCGUGCCACUUUGCAGACACAACGUGAAAUUACAAUUGCUAAUGAUCUCAUUGGUUGUAUUAUUGGUCGAGGUGGACAAAAGAUUUCUGAGAUCAGACAAGCAUCUGGAGCCAACAUCAAAAUAGCAGAUUUAGAUGAAGGCUCACAAGAUAGACAUGUGACUAUUUCGGGUACACCUGAACAAAUACAGUUGGCUGAAUUUUUAAUUCAUUCAAGAAUUGCUUCCGAAAUAGGUGGAAUUCUAAUCACUCAUUAA